AUGGGUAGGCCGCCGGCUGUUAUCAUUGUUGUCAGACAUGGUGCUCGCCUCGAUCAAGCUGAUAAUCAGUGGUACCUCACAACUCCGACUCCAUACGAUCCGCCUCUUACAUAUGGUGGAUGGUCGCAAUCAAGAGCUCUCGGUGCCCGUAUAGCUAACAUCCUACGAACCCGCGAGACGGAUGAUGAGUUUGUUGGUCGAGAUGUUCAAAAUGGAGGUAAAAAUAGAAAGAGAAGGCACAAAGUUAUUAUACACACCUCGCCAUUUUUGCGCUGCGUCCAGACAUCAGUUGCCAUAAGUUCUGGCCUUGCACAAAACCCGGGUCACACACAUCACCCUCAACGAUCUCCCUCCACACAUUCCCAGCACAAAAGUUCGCAGAUGCACUCGUCACCCAGAGUCCGUCCGACUACAUCAACAGACUCGCCUAGACUAGCCCCACUCCUGGAGACUACAACUAUUGCGUCGAGUUCGAGUAACAAGAUCAUCGGACAAACUGAAAACAUAAAAAAAUCGAUAGUACGAGUUGAUGCAUUUCUCGGAGAAUGGCUCGCUCCCGAUUACUUCGAACAUAUCACUCCGCCUCCAAGCUCUAUUAUGAUGGUAGCCGGUGCUAAAGCCGAUUUGUUACGAAGAGAGGAUCACAAUAGCUUGAUACAUGUGCGAGACUUUUCCGCCCAAGGUUCAUCCUUUCAACCAUUUCCAGGUGGAUGGGGAAGUCCUAUUACAGCUGAGAAAAAAGAGUUUCCAUCAGUGUCGAGUUUGAGCCAUGCGCUGCCCAGAAGAGAUCGAACGAGCAGUUUGAGUAGCGUGGGAAGUGAUGGAAAUCGUCAAGGCUUGAAGGCCGAUGGUCAUCUGCCCACUUCUGAACAUGGCAUUUAUCAACCACCUGUUCCGAGUUAUGCAAUUUCUACGUCUGAUCCUAUACCACCUGGAUAUGCUACGCACGCUAGAGAUGCAUGUGUUGAUGUUGAUUAUCAAUGGGACAGUAUGCGCGAGCCUUUGAGUUGGGGAAAUGGUGGCGAAUAUGGUGAAGAAUGGCCCUCGAUGCAUAAAAGAUUUCGCAAAGGCCUCCACAGCAUGUUAGAUUGGUAUAAUACCAGUGAGAAUUUUGAUAGAAUGGCAACCAAGACUCCUUCUAGUCCAGAGCUUGAAAAGCACUUUUCCAUUGACGAAGAUCAGGAAGAUGAGGAUACGGACUUGGUUCUUAUCCUGGUCACUCAUGGCGCUGGAUGCAAUGCCCUCAUUGGUGCCUUGACUAACCAACCACUCUUGAUGGACGUCGGGAUGGCAUCAUUAACUAUGGCCGUCCGAAAACCUACUCCAGAAGAGACCCCGCUUCCUCCCCCGAAUUCAUUAAUCGCAAACGAAUAUGAUAUAAAACUAUUAGCAAAUACAGAGCACCUUCGAUCUACUCCGAAUAGUACUGCCUCUUCCCGCAAUCCUUCUAUUGCAAAUCUGUCUACAUUCCGCGAACGUCAACCUGCAGAUCCAAACCGUUCCACGACUGUAAACUCCAGUCUAGGCAGUAUCAGAAGAACAGCAAGCAUAGCGAGUUCUCAGCCUCGCACGUUUACACCGGCCAGGCAAUCAUCUAUUGGGCUUUGGAGCGCCACUCCUCCGCUUAGGGAAUCCGUCGAUGAAAACGAUGACACGGAUGGUGAUAGCAUGAUAUUGAAUUUUGGAGAUGAUGGAACAAACGCAAAAACGCUAGUCCCAUCGACAUCGGCCGUUGAAGAAGACAAUAAAGCAACCGUGGCGAAAAACCAAGAGAUAGAAAUAAGUGCAGUAGAGGAAGAUGAAGUUGCUCCCUUGGGAUUAUGGGGUUCGCCAAGAUUACAAGCAAGUUCGGGCCCAGCUGUAGAUCCUGGACAUGCGCCAAAGAGAAGGUGGACGGUUAACGAAAGAUCAUGA